AGGAUAAGUACAGAGGUUACAGCCUAAUCAAUGGGCCCAAGCUUCCAAAUCUAAAUGCUUACCCUCACUGGCUCCUGCUAUAAAAGCCGGCCAUUUUCCCUCCUCUUCACAGUUCACAGCGAGCAGGAGAAAAAAAGAAGAAGAAAAAGUGAGUACUGUUUCGUUUCCUUGACUCACAAGUCUCUCGCAAUAUCGUCUCUGCUCUUCUGCUUUCAAGCGAAAAUCUUCAAAAUCUUAUUGCUUCUGUUGCUUCGAAACAAACCACAGUUUCUUCACGUGGAAACGGAAAAUUGGAGUUGGAGGUGUCAACAUAUGGAAGACAGUGACUGGAGAAGUGAGUUAUCAGCAGAAUUUCGUCGAGAUGUUGUCAAUGAUAUAGUGGAGACAAUAACGCAGACUGUCAAACCUUCUCCUCUGCAAGUGACUUUACCUAGUAUACUGAAGUUGGCUGUAAACUUUGAGGAAAAAGUUUACUCGCUUGCCAAAGACAAGCUAUCUUGAUCUGCUAUGCACUUCUAAUCUAAUCCAUUUCUUUGAAACAAACAAGUUUUGAC